AUGCCACGUAUUAUGAUAAAAGGUGGUGUUUGGAGAAACACCGAGGAUGAAAUUUUAAAAGCUGCUGUUAUGAAAUAUGGCAAAAAUCAGUGGAGUCGGAUAGCAUCUCUUUUACACAGAAAAUCUGCUAAACAAUGUAAGGCACGUUGGUUUGAAUGGCUAGAUCCAAGCAUCAAGAAAACUGAAUGGAGCAGAGAAGAAGAUGAGAAGCUUCUUCAUUUAGCAAAACUAAUGCCCACACAGUGGAGAACAAUUGCACCAAUUAUUGGUCGUACAGCUGCACAAUGUUUGGAACGUUAUGAAUAUUUACUUGAUCAAGCUCAGAAGAAGGAAGAAGGAGAUGAUGCUGCGGAUGAUCCUCGUAAAUUAAAACCAGGAGAAAUUGAUCCAAACCCAGAAACAAAACCUGCAAGACCUGAUCCUAAAGAUAUGGAUGAAGAUGAACUUGAAAUGCUGUCCGAGGCACGUGCUAGGCUUGCAAAUACACAAGGUAAAAAGGCAAAGCGUAAAGCCAGAGAAAAACAAUUGGAGGAAGCUCGCAGACUCGCUGCUCUGCAAAAACGUAGAGAAUUAAGAGCUGCUGGUAUCACUGUAUCACAGAAAAAUAAACGAAAACGUGGUGUUAAUUAUAAUUCCGAGAUUCCUUUCGAGAAACGACCAGCAUCUGGAUUUUAUGAUACAUCUAAUGAACAUGUUGAUCCUCUUGCUAUUGAUUUCUCAAAAAUGAGACAGCAACAUUUAGAUGGUGAAUUGAGGCAAGAGAAAGAAGAAAUGGAACGUAGAAAAGAUAAGCAAAAAUUAAAACAACGAAAAGAAAAUGAUAUCCCGAUGGGAAUGUUAAAUAACGAAGAGCCAAUAAAGAAAAGAAGUAAACUUGUUUUGCCAGAACCUCAGAUAUCUGAUCAAGAAUUACAGCAAGUGGUUAAACUCGGUAGAGCAUCAGAGGUUGCUCGCGAGGUUGCUACCGAGAGCGGUAUUACGCUAUCAGAUAGUUUACUUGCCGAUUAUUCUCUACCGACAAAUGCAGCCGUAACUCCUCGCACCCCGGCUGCUGCAGACCGAAUUCUCCAAGAAGCUCAAAACGUUAUGGCUCUCAUUCAUGUUGAUACUCCAUUGAAAGGUGGAUUAAAUACUCCUUUAAAUAAUUCUGAUUUCACUAGUGUCGUGCCUUCAGCAAACGCAGUGGCAACACCAAAUACAAUUUUAGCCACGCCAUUUCGCUCUCAACGUAGCGACGGAACGCCCGCUAAUUCGUUUAACACACCAGUAUCCGCACGUACACAAAACGGAGUUUUAGCAACGACACCGGUUCGCGAUAAACUUAGCAUUAAUCCAGACGAAAACGUAGAAGGAUCAGAGACUCCGUUAAUUCAAAAGCAAGUGAAAGAACAAUUACGUGCCGGUUUGAGUUCCCUACCAGCACCGCGUAAUGAUUAUGAAAUAGUUGUUCCUGAAGGUGAAACAAAAGAUGAAACCACUACUUCACCUACGACGGAAAUUGUUGAAGAUCAGGCUGAUAUUGAUGCUAGACAGCAGCAAGAAUUAUUGGAACAAAAGAAAAAAGAAUUAGCUCGUAGGUCACUAGUUAUACAACGAGAUUUACCACGACCGUUUGAUGUAAAUAUGAAUAUUUUGAGACCAUUUAUGGAUACUCCGUUAACGGAUUUACAAAGAGCGGAAGAGUUAAUUAAAAGAGAAAUGAUCACGAUGCUCCAAUACGAUUCACUGCAAAACCCAGUGCCACAAAGUCGUAAAGGUGCUUCAAGCUCGCUAGCUCAUGCACAAGCGUAUUUGGAGCAACAUCCAUAUAUUAAUUUUGAGGAAGAUGAACUUACUGCUGCUAAGAAGCUGUUGACUGAUGAGAUGUCGGUGGUAAAAGAUGGCAUGGCGCAUGGAGAAUUAAGUUUAGAUUCCUAUACAACUGUCUGGGAAGAAUGCUUAUCACAGAUAUUGUAUCUGGAAACACAAAAACGGUAUACGCGAGCAACGCUAGCUUCGAAAAAGGAUAGAGUAGAAGCGUGUGAAAGAAAAUUGGAAGAGAAUCGAAUGCAUAUGACCGGCGAAGCUAAACGGGCAGCCAGAAUGGAAAAGAAAUUAAAAGUUCUUACCGGAGGUUACCAGACUAGGACGCAAGUACUAACAAAACAAUUACACGAUUUGUGGGAACAAAUAGAACAAGCACAUUUAGAACUUUCGACGUUCAAGUUUUUGCAAACACAAGAGGAAGCAGCGGUGCCGAGGAGAGUAAACGCGCUUAUGGAAGAUGUUAAUAGACAAACAGAACGAGAACGCGUGUUACAAACACGAUAUGCACAGUUGCAAGAUCAGCUACAACAGUGCUAAAUAUUGCCAAUCUGAUUUAUUGUAAUAUAUAUUUAAAGUAUCGUAAACGUUUUGUGAAAUACAAGAAGUUACUUUGUAUACAGACUUACUAAAAAAAAUGCUUCGAGUAAGCAAAGAUUCUUGAAGAUCUCAAUUUUGUAUAAUAAAAUACGAUUUAUUUCAAAUUGACAAUUCAGCCAUUUUGCAGGCGGUGAAUUUCAUGUGAAUAUAAUUUACGAAAAUUUUAAAA